CCAACCCACAUGGGGCUAAUCCCUAGCUCUCCUCGACUCAGCUCUCUUCCAUGCUCCAUGCUCCAUGCUCUGUGCUCCAUGCUCUGCCAACCUCUGGAAGGAAAUCAAAUCAUCCAUCGCCUCUCACAACCCCAACUGCGCUGCAACCUUCUCGUCCAGGCCCCGGUCCCGGCCACCGGGUCUCUCGUUAUUGUUGCGUGCACCCUGCAUGUUCUUUAGCAUCUGCUGGUUGCUGCUUCUGUUGCUUCCCUUUCAUUCCCAAUAUCAUGAUACAAUGUCAAACACACCCCCACUAACACUUCCCCUCCUUCCCCUCCCCACCAUCCAAUCUCUGGCAUCCCCUCCCCUCCAAAAGACUCUCACCGGUUGCAAGUUUUCUUGCGACGCCGUCCAGAUCCUCCCACCGACCGCAUGCGUCCCUGGUUUUCACCGCUGUUUGCACCUUCAGAGAGGUGUGCGCGCCGAGGCUUGCAUUAGCUGCUCGCGCGUCGUGCCAGCCUACCCACUGGCGUCCUGUCCGGGCUGUCCGGUCCAGAACUUCGCUCCAACCGUCUCUAUUGAUGAUGAUGAUGCCAUGGAUGACCCCGGCACGGAUAGCGUUCAUUACCCCGUAUGAGAUUCUGAACAAUCACCAACAACAACAACAACUACUCAACAUAAUGACGAAUGCCUCUACGCUGCGCCGUUCUGGAUACCAGU